AGAGACUUGAAAACCAGUGAGUCCACAUUUCUGACAUUGUUUUUCAGAUGUCAGAGAUGAAACUAAGAUUUGGGGAAACUGAUUCCCAUACAAAUGUAGGCUGUUAGGUAACAACAGGAUUCAGCUGAUAAAGGUGCUGCUGUGCUGAGGGUGCUGCCCUCUCUUCUAAUGAGAAGCCUUGGGAGAAAAGUUAAAUUUUAACACGUGAAAGAAAUGAUUAUCUGUGAUUUGUACAACAAAAAAACACGUGGCUUCUGGUCGUCCUUCAUCUCGGCUCCUUGGAAGGGUGUGUUGUCUCCCAACCGCAUAUAAACCAAAUAGGACCUGCAGGACAAGGUGUGUGAGUACAGGAGUCGGGUGAGGAACAAGGAGACACAUAUGCAGCUGCACACACGGAGUGAAACCCAGAAGCUGGGCACACAGAAGAAGCUGGGGCCAGGGUCUGCCUCCAACUUUGACACUGCUGCUCAGGGGCAGGAGGCCUGCAUCAUGAACAUUGAGAAAACAGGCGGAAGAUUCUUUAGUGGAAAAUGCUCCAGUUUGCCAGGAGUACGGCAGUUUCCUAUGAUCCAGAAGAUGGUGGAAUCCAUGGCACAGCUGCAGGAAGAAAAGCUACGGCUGCAGGAAGAGCUGUUGGCUCUGCAGGGGAAACUGUCUGCACAGGAGAAUGAAGAACUCACUGUGUCUGUCCAGCUGCAGGAUCAGAUUGAAAAUCUGAAGGACAAACUCCUGGCUCAAACUCAAGAAAUAAACAGAUUCCAUUCAGGGCUGGGUGGCACUGACUUGGAAAAGCACCGGGAUCUGCUAGUUACUGAGAACGAGCGCCUAAAGCAGGAAAUGAAAUCAUGCGAGACAGAGCUGCUGGAGCUGAGGAAGCAGCAUGUGAAAUGUGUUGACUGUGAACAUGUUCAGGAGAAUGCAAGGUUGCAAGAAAGGCUGGCCCAGCUGCAACUGGAGGUGGAGGAGGCAAAGGGGAGGCUCUCUGAGUUGGACCUGGAGGUGCAGCAGAAGACCAAUCGCCUGGCUGAGGUGGAGUUGCGCUUGAAGGAUUCCCUUGCUGAGAAGGCUGAGGAGGAGGAGCGACUCAGCCGGCGACUACGGGACAGCCAGGAAACUAUAGCCAGUCUGAAAGCCCAGCCCCAGCAGAUAAAGUGUAUCAUCAAAACGGUGGAAGUGGAGUCAUCCAAGGCAAAGCAGGCUCUGUGUGAAGCUCAGUCCCGAAACCAGUAUUUGCAGGAGCAGGUGGGCAUGCAGAAGCAGGUGCUGAAGGAGAUGGAGCAGCAGCUUCAGAACUCACAUAAGACUGCAGCCCAGCUUAGAGCCCAGAUCAUGCUUUAUGAGUCUGAGCUGGAGCAGGCUCAUGGACAGAUGUUGGAAGAGAUGCAGAAGAUGGAAGAUGAGAAGAACCAGGCCAUUGAAGAGGCAUUUGCACGAGCUCAAGUAGAAAUGAAAGCGGUCCAUGAGAACCUAGCAGGAGUCCGGACAAAUCUCCUCACACUCCAGCCAGCGCUCAGAACCCUCACAAAUGACUAUAACAGCCUGAAACGGCAGGUCCGAGACUUCCCCCUCCUACUUCAGGAGACCCUACGCAAUGCCAAGACAGAGAUUGGGCAAGCAAUUGAGGAGGUAAACAACACAAAUCGAGAGCUACUAAGGAAAUACCGGAGGGAGCUCCAACUCCGCAAAAAAUGUCACAAUGAGCUGGUGCGGCUGAAAGGAAAUAUACGUGUGUUUGGCAGAGUCCGGCCGGUAAAUAAGGAGGAUGGGGAAGGGCCAGAAGCUGUCAAUCAAGUGACCUUUGACCCUGACGAUGACGCUAUCCUACAUCUGAUGCACAAGGGGAAGUUGGUGUCAUUUGAACUGGACAAAGUUUUCCCCCCACAUGCAACUCAGGAAGAUGUGUUCCAGGAAGUUCAGGCCCUGAUCACUUCUUGCAUUGAUGGCUACAAUGUUUGCAUAUUUGCCUAUGGACAGACAGGUGCAGGCAAGACCUACACUAUGGAGGGAACUCCUGAAAACCCGGGAAUUAACCAGCGAGCUCUCCAGCUGCUCUUCUCUGAAGUGCGGGGAAAAGCAUCUGACUGGAACUAUGUCAUCUCUGUCAGUGUGGCAGAGAUUUACAAUGAAGCCCUGAGGGACUUGCUUGGGAAGGAGCCUCAGGAGAAGCUGGACAUCAAGUUAUGCCCAGAUGGCAGUGGGCAGCUGUAUGUUCCAGGGCUGACAGAGUUCCAGGUGCAGAGUGUUGAGGAUAUCAACAAGGUGUUUGAAUUUGGGCAUAUAAACAGAGCGACUGAGUGCACCAACCUGAAUGAGCACAGCUCACGGUCUCAUGCUCUCCUUAUCAUCACAGUAAGAGGAUUUGACUACAGCACAGGACUUAGAACCACAGGGAAGCUGAACCUGGUAGACCUUGCUGGAUCAGAGCGGGUAGGCCGGUCUGGGGCAGAGGGGAACAGGUUGCGGGAGGCCCAAUACAUCAACAAGUCACUGUCAGCACUAGGAGAUGUGAUCUACGCUCUGCGAUCCCGCCAGGGUCACGUGCCGUUCCGCAACUCUAAACUGACCUACUUACUUCAAGACUCUCUUAGCGGAGACAGCAAAACCCUCAUGAUGGUGCAGGUCUCUCCAGCUGAGAAGAACACAAGCGAGACGCUCUGUUCCCUAAAGUUUGCUGAGAGGGUACGCUCAGUGGAACUGGGCCCUGUGUCCCGGAAAGCAGAGCUCAUGUCCUGGUCCAGUCAGGAGCAGCUGGAGGUAACUAGACGAUCCCAGAGUGAAUCAUCAGUAGCAGCCCCGCCUUCUAUUCGAACACAUUCUUCUUCUAACUCUGGGGCACCCACAGGGCGGGCAAGCUCUCUCCGGAGGAAGCUCCAGACUUCAGGAAAGCUGAGGCCAGUCCCUGUGUGAGGAGCACACCAGCAAGGGGAAGAUGAUCUGCUGUCCUCCACCCAAUCAGUGCAUGGUGCUAAGAAUCACUCUUGAGUAUUAAAAGAGGUGAAAACUUAAUUGCCUCUCUUCUUCCACACCUAUCUCAUAGGACUAACAAUGCAGACUGGGCACUUGUCCAUUUGAAUGGAUCCAUGAGCCAGAAGUUAAGAUAUUAUUCCUGUCCAGGCUCCUGAGUGGAGGCAGAACCUUUUGCGCGCAUGGACUCAGAAUCACUGCACUGCAGAUGUAAAAUGUGGCUGGCAGGUGACAGGUUCUCCAGUCCAUCUCUGAAAGAAGAGUCCUGGGUAGAGGACACAGGACAACCCUCCUGGGAGGACCUGUGUCCUUGCAGAGGAUCUCCAAGCUUGGUGAGGGGCAACAUGGGGUUCAUUGCUGGCAAUGGAUAUGCCUAGAGCUGGGUUCUGGUGGAACUGGAACCCAAGGGAUUGUAUCUCCUCUCUGGGACACUGUCAGCUGUUGGUUUUUAUUUCCCAUAUGGAGGUUUUUGAUCACUUUUAGGGGAGAGGGGAGCUGCCAGGUGCUCCUCCCAUCUCCCUGGCUUUGUUUUUAAGACAAUAAAAAGUAUCGUCACAAGUGUUUGAUUCCAGGCCAACAACCACAUGUGUGUUUGCUUUUCUCUGUGCAUAGUCGGGCUGGCUGUGUCAGGAUCAGCUCAUGGUGGCAGCUGUGUUGGCUGGGGAGGUGUGUGUGCUUCCUCACAUACUUUGCUGCAAAACUUCUAAAGGAACCUGGUUGCCUCAGACAACCCAAACAGGAGAUGCUUUGCUCAAGGUUUUCUGGCCAAACCUCAUGAAGAUCUCUUGGCAUGUCUGUUACCUUCCAUUGGAUUCUGCCUGUUACAUAUCCGAGAGCUCUGGAAAAGACUGAACUUUGGAUUACUCUGAGCUGAUGGACACCCAAGGUGUGGUGCUGCAUGUGCCUCUGUCUUGUGCCUGGAUUUAAACAGCACUUACAUAUUGAGUGAGGCCAUAACUUACUGCUCUAGAAGUCGCAGUCCAUUGACUUGAAAACCCUCUUAUAUUUUCACAAUUGCAAAUAUACCUUUUACCCUAAGCAGUACCUUCCUCUGUCUUAGCCAGGAGGAUGGGGACAAGACCAUGGAAAGGAGCGCUGACCAGUCCCAUAGUUUUAGUUCUUCCCUGUUGUGUGUCCCUUGCUGUCCUGUCUCCCUUAGCAGGGAGCAGGGGUUAUGUUUAGCAUGGUAUAAAAUCACAGCUUGAGAAAAGGUAGCCAAGCCCCAGCUUUUACCCAAGGACUCGAUUACUCUUUCUAACCUCAGUCCUUUCACUUCCUUCCUGUGUACUGGCAUGAUGCAGCCUGAAAAAUUAGCUUAUGAAAGCAGCAGCUGGCCAUUGCUAAUAGCAGCAGUGUGCUUCAAACCCUGGAUUGCUCAAAGCCAACUGCAAUGUCUUAGAUCCAGCUCUUCUUCCACCACCAGGCCCAGUGGGCGUUUUAAGUGAUUUUCAUAGCUUUACUUGUCUUGCAGGAGAUGGAAAGCAAUAGGCAUAGAGCGUAAGGCUAGAUCAAAGCAGCCAUUGCUGUCCUUAAAUAACUGUUUGUGGCUGUGGUCCAGGCUUGCAGCUGAAACAGGUCAGACCAGCCAGCUGGUACCUGAAGUCUGGAGCUGUCUUGCUUCCCAAAUUGGAAUUUCUGUGGGCGCUCAAUGCUGGGUUUAGCUCUGUCCUGUGUCUGAACCAACAAGGUUGAAAUGACUAAAGCAGCAAUAAAAAAAAAAAAGGGGAGUUGGUCUGUUCCCCUUGUUGUCUUCCAUUCCUGGUUAGUCUGUACCUCCAAGUCCUACUGCUACAUAAAGUGAUGUCCAAAGUUUUUUUCCACCCCCUUAAGGACAGCCAUGGUUUGUGACUUGCAUAGCUCAGCAGGCUGAGGGGUCUGUUCCCAUUGGCUUCAGCAACAGCAAGUUCAGACCCUAGCCCCAGUGCACAGGAAGCAGAAUGCUAAAGAAGGGAACCCUUUCUUACCACCCCUGCCCUGCUCUUCAGCAGUACCCUCCCAUUCAUAUUGCAUGAUUGUAAUACAGGGCUGUGCAAAAAGCACUUGGAAUGUGUCUGUGCAGGAAGGUGGCCACUGAGUAGCUCUGGAAAGUAUAUAAAAAGCUUCCAAUUAACAACUGGUAAAGCUAGUUUAAAUCUCUUUUCAAACAUCCCAACGUAGGCUCAUGGAAGUAUCUGAAAUAUUCAUAACCUGUUUACAGGUUUGCUGAAUAAAACACAAGCAAGAACCCUCCCCUCUUUUGUGUAGUGAAGUUUGGAUUUUGUCUAAGAGGGGUGUGGAAAAUGGAAGGGAAAGCAUUUGGAGCAGCUGCCCACAUUGCCUCCUAGCAGGUGCAUUGAAGAGUACAAGGUAUGUUCUGGUCUCAUAUAUUAGAGCAACCAUUUCUAAUGCACUGACUGCUCCUUCUCACAGCAGCUCUUUCUGCUGUUUCUCUCCCACAAUGGGUUCUAUUUAAAAUCCAGCCUUUUUGUAAAAUUAGAUGUUUUUAUGUAUUUUAAUAAAAAAAAUCCUGUUUUGUAACAAAACAUAUUUUAAAUAAAUGGUUUAAAGCUAA